AACAUGGGCGCUUCAACCAGGGCGCUGUCCAUGGUCCCGACCGUGCUUCUCGCCCUGGCGCUCCCCAGCCUGCCGGUCUGGGCGCAGAACGACACGGAGCCCAUCGUCCUGGAAGGGAAAUGCCUGGUGGUUUGUGACUCCAACCCGGCCACCGAUGCCAAGGGCUCGUCCUCCUCUCCCUUGGGGAUCUCGGUGCGGGCUGCCAACUCGAAGGUCGCCUUCUCGGCCGUGAGGAGCACCAACCACGAGCCCUCGGAAAUGAGCAACAAGACCCGGAUCAUCUACUUCGACCAGAUCCUAGUAAAUGUGGGCAAUUUUUUCACAUUGGAGUCUGUCUUUGUAGCACCAAGAAAAGGAAUUUACAGUUUCAGUUUUCAUGUAAUUAAAGUCUAUCAGAGUCAAACAAUCCAGGUUAAUCUAAUGCUAAAUGGAAAACCAGUAAUUUCUGCCUUUGCUGGGGACAAAGAUGUCACUCGUGAAGCUGCAACUAAUGGAGUCCUGCUCUAUCUAGACAAGGAGGAUAAGGUUUACCUGAAACUAGAGAAAGUGGGUUGGAUGGUUCACCAAUAUAUUUACUCCCAGUCAGUGAUCAUAAUGAAGACCCCCCUACUGAAAGCUAAGAAGUUGUACGUUAAUUGGACAUGUAGUGCAGAUUAUAAUACUAAAAAAGUGCUUAUCAGGGUUAAAAGUGAUCAGGCCAGCAUAUCUCUGCAAAACAGCUUUGCCCGGCAGGAAAGCUCACAUUUGUCCUUCAACUUUAAUUAACAUGAUUGAUAAUAUCCACUUUAUUAAAAACCGAAGGGAGGCCUUCCUUAGACAU